AUGACUCUCCUCUCUGUUUCCGUCUGGGCUGUCCCCCUGUUCGUGGGGACCGUCAUCUACUUCCUCGCCAGUGUUUUGAAAGUGGGCAGAAGAGCCCCAGGCCUGCCACCGGGGCCUCCCACCCUUCCCAUCAUAGGGAAUCUUCAUCAAAUGCCAUCCAAGAAUCCACAUCUUCAAUUUCAGAAAUGGGCGCAGGAAUACGGACCAGUCUACUCUCUCAUUCUGGGCACCAAGACCAUGGUCGUCCUUUCGUCCGAUCAGGCGGUCAAGGACUUGCUGGACAAGAAGAGCGCCAUCUAUUCCGACCGUCCGGACAUGUUCAUCGGGCAGAAGAUUGCCAGUGGGAAUCUACGCCUGGUGGUGAUGAGAUACGGCGACAACUGGCGCAUGAUCCACAAGAUGGUCCACAACAUCCUCAACAUCAAGGCCGCCGUCACCUACGUGCCGUACCAGGACCUCGAGAACAAGAUGCUGUUGACGGGCUUGUUGGACUCGCCCGACGAGUUCCUCAACCACAUCCGCCGCUUCAGCUAUUCGUUGGCCACGCAGAUGAUCUUUGGCGUGCGCUGUCCAGACAUUAACGAUCCAAACAUUCAGCAGUUGUUUUGGAGUUUCGAACACUGGGGUGAAUUGGCCGGCAGUGCCAGCGCCCAACUGGUCGACCUGUAUCCCAUUCUGCAGAAACUCCCGCGAGCCAUUGCGCCCAAUGUCAGAUAUGCGGAAAACCUGCACGAAAUCGAGAAGAAGCUCUACGUCGGCCUUUGGAUGCAGGCCAAGCGAGGACUGGAGAAUGGUACUGGACUGCCAUGUUUCUGCAACGACGUCCUCCGAGCGCAACAGACGGAAAAAUUCACCGACGACGCGGCCGGCUACAUGAGCGGGUCGCUGCUCGAAGCCGGGUCGGACACGACGUCGUCGACGCUGUACGGCUUCAUCCAGGCCAUGCUGGUGUGGCCCGAGGUGCAGAAAAAAGCCCAGGCCGAGAUCGACCGCGUGGUCGGGCCCGACCGACUGCCGACCAUGGACGACUACGAUCAGCUGCACUAUAUUCGAUGCUGCAUGAAGGAGAGUCUGCGGUGGAUGCCGACCAUCAUUCUGGGCGUGCCGCACGCCUCCACCAAGGACGACACUUAUGGAGAGUAUAUCAUUCCGAAGGGGAGUACUGUGGUCGCUAACGUGUGGGCAAUCCACAUGGAUCCCAAUCGAUGCCCCGAACCGCGCCGCUUCAACCCCGACCGGUUCAAAGACGACUUCACCACCCUCUACCAGUCGGCCAACGGCGACCCGGCCAAACGCGACAACUUCAACUUCGGCGCCGGCCGCCGUCUAUGCCAGGGCAUCCAUAUCGCCGAGCGGUCGCUGUUCCUCGGCAUCUCGCGCCUGCUGUGGGGGUUUAACGUGUCCAAGCCGCUGGACAAGGUCACAGGCAAGCCCAUCACGCCGGACAUUGACGACUUUGUCGGCUCGCUGACCGUCAUCCCGCGGCCCUACAAGGCCGUCAUUGAACCCCGCUCGCCCGAGAGGACCAAGGUCAUGCGCGACGCCUGGGCCGACGCCCAGAAUCUGUUGGAUCCCGUCACUAAGCAGUGGAAGAAGAUGCCUGAGGGCAUGGCUUUGAGUACGUGGAUGCCGGAGAAGAUUGAUGUUUAG